CGUGCGCAGCGCUGGGAACUGCGCUAGCUGAAAUUGCAGGAACUUUUGAAAGUGGGAGCCAGAUACAGACACAGAGGGAAAGAGCGAGCGCCAUUGAUUGUCAUUAAUGCUUUAAAAAAAAACAGCAGCAUCUACUUCCUGCUGCAAUUUUAAAAAUUAGUAAGCCAGGCAAUCAGACUUUGCCCAACAUUGUUAUGUAUUAUUUCUUUAUCUGCUACUGAUUGCGGCUUUUUCUUCUUCCUUAUUGCAGUUUCUGAGCUCCCAUGUUUGAAUCCUCCAAUCAGGUUUCUGCCCCUGCCACAGUGUCGAAACAGCUCUUAUCAAAGCCACAAAAGACAUACAUCCUAUAUGUGAUUGUGAUAAAGGUGUCAGGUUGAGGUGAAUCUAAAGAUGACGGAGUAUAAGCUGGUGGUGGUUGGGGCUGGUGGCGUUGGGAAGAGCGCUUUAACAAUUCAACUCAUCCAGAAUCACUUUGUGGACGAGUAUGAUCCUACCAUAGAGGAUUCCUAUAGAAAGCAGGUAGUUAUUGAUGGGGAGACAUGUUUGUUGGACAUUCUGGACACAGCAGGUCAAGAGGAGUACAGUGCCAUGAGAGACCAAUACAUGAGGACAGGAGAAGGCUUCCUGUGUGUCUUUGCAAUCAACAACACCAAAUCGUUUGAAGAUAUUCAUCAGUACAGAGAACAGAUAAAAAGGGUGAAGGAUUCGGAUGACGUUCCAAUGGUUUUGGUGGGUAACAAGUGCGAUCUGCCAACCCGCACUGUGGAGACUCGGCAAGCCCAAGACCUGGCCCGGAGUUAUGGCAUUCCUUACAUUGAAACAUCUGCCAAAACCAGACAGGGAGUGGAGGAUGCUUUUUACACCUUGGUCCGUGAGAUCAGUCAACACAAAGUGAGGAAAUCGAAUCCACCAGAUGACAGUGGACAAGACUGUAACAACUGUAAAUGUGUGAUAUUGUGACCUCAGUUCACAGGAACAUUUGAAGAUUCAUUCAACACACAAGUGCAGGAAGAGAGAGAGAGCGAAUUAUCGACUAGUGAAGGAAGGUGACAGCGAGGAGAGAAAUCAGGAAGAAUGACCAAUCCUGUAUAAUAGAACAGCGUGAGGGGAGCCGGUUGUGUAUGACUCUCGUCAGCUGCCACCUGCUCCACACGGGUCUCCAGUUGUAUAGAGCCAUAGAUUUUAAAAUCACACUAAAUUAUUCUUACACUAGUUACCCUGUGAUUCCAUGUCCCAUUUCAGCAUUGCUGGGAAAUGUGUUCCUGCCAGAAAUAUUGUAUAUAAAUCACUAACUAUAAAGUUGCAGGAUCUUAAGAAUAUUGUUUUAUACUUUGUAUUUUGAGCUGAUCCAAUUUCUUUUUUUUUUAAAUUGUGUGUUUAUUUCAGUGCUGGCAACUUGGCUUCCUGUCUUUAAAUGGUGGCAAUGUGGAUGAAUAUCAUUUUAUACAUAAUGAACCUUUUGGGUAUAAAUGUAUAAUCUUCAUUUGUCGCAAUGUUGCAUUACUUCAUAAAUGUGAGAGGAUGUACAAUCCCUUCAUUGAGAAGCUUGCCGUGUUUUAGGUGGUUGGUUAUUUUUUUGGAAUGGGGGGGGGGGGCGGUUAGGGGGAGGUUACCAAGAGGGACUAGCCACUUACCGCUGAGUGUUAAAAUGGAAAUCGCUAGCGUAAAUCUGUAUGUGUGGAUCCCAGUCACCUAACGGGUAGCUUGGAGGAAGAGAGCAGCAGUUUGGUGGAAGGUCCUCAAUUUGUGACAUGAAUUGGGUGUUGGAUAAGGGGGAAUUAAUCCCAGUCCUCCCCUCUGCUUUGGGCAGAGUAGCUGCACUGGUUGUAAACCCACUUUCCAUGCCCAUCACCUGUAUAGAAACCACAGUCUGUUAUUCCUUUUUUUUCUUACUCUUGGAAUCCUUUCACUCCUCACUCCCAUUCCACUUCAGAUGUUAUUGAAGAUCCAAUAAAUACCUCAUGUCAUUGAUAUUGAAAACUUUUAAUGAUGUUGUUUGGGAUGAGAAGAGAUGCUUACUCAAUAUUUGACUGAUCCCAUUGAAUGCUUUCACUACAAACCUGUGAUUGCUUGUUUCCCUCUGUUGUGCUGUGUGAAUGAAGGUGAUCCCUACUACUUCUGAGCAUAGUUGACCAGUUUUAAGUGUCUCAGGAUUAAAUAGCCCAAAUGACUGCACAGUCGUUACACAUGAGCUGUUCAGUCCCCAGUUGCGACUGAGAUAGUAGUCAAAGGCAUCAUCUAAUUCAAAUAUUGUAGUGGGGAAUGGGGAAAGGUAUUGUUCUUUUAACUACUUUAGCCCAGGUAUUCCAAUAUUUGAAUGAGACAGUAAAAUGUCAAAGAGCACUGCCCAAUUUUGAUAAGGUUGAAACUGGUGUUAGAUUGCAAACAGAACAAGAAUACUUAAAAUCGAGACAUCAGAUUAAGAGCCACCUAACCUGCCAAUCAGGUUUCUUUCUUUAACGCUUCUUAAUCGUCAGAGUUCACCAGUUGAAGGAGGGCUAAAUUCUUCAGUGAAAACCCAUAGUAUCCUGACACCCCCCCCCCCCCCCCCCCCCCCCCCCCCCCCGCCCAGUACUGUUAAAACUGGGCCAGACUUGUAUUGUCCUAACUCUGUGUUCGCAAAUGUGAAAUAAUCCUACUUUGAGCAGCAAUUCUGUGGGUCCCUCUCCGAGGGAGGGCUCAUGUUGCCAACCUGCUGCCAAUUCUCUGUUUUAUUUAACAAAAUUUAACAUGUACAUUUUCUGGGUGAAAUAAAGAUGAUUUGAAAAAAAA